AUGUCUUCUUCGGAGAAAGGAAACCUACGGAACAGCACAGCGGGGGACACAUCGACGCCGGCGGACCUGCCGCCCUCAUACGAACACACGAUCCUCCCCAACACCAACCCAUGGACCGACAGCCCGUCAUCGCAGAGCCAACUACCUCAACGGACAACCACACCUCUCUCCGUCCCCUCACAGAACCCGCUCUCCGCCCUGUCCCGGCUAACGACGGUGUCGUUCGCGAAGUACCGGAUACGCGACUCCAAACUCUCCGAGGACCACACCGUGAUCACCACCACCAACCCGGAGUUGACGUCCAGCUCGCACUCGCCGUCGACCUCACAACAGCAGCAACGGGCGCUCCUCAAGUUCAUCCGCGAGCAGGCGCGGCUGCCGCCGAAGCCGAUCAUGGUGAUUCGCGGGACGCACGUGCACGGUAACGCCGUCGUGGACUUUGACCUGAAGCUGAACCUGACGAGCAUGUUGGACUUGGAUUGGGGAGGUACGGAGAGUGGCGGGGGCCGCAUGAUGGUCAAGAGCUACCAGCAUGGCUCGUCGAAUGGGUCGCCAAGGCAAAUGACGAGGGAGGAGAUGAACAUGCCUGAGCUGGAUCUGUGGGCGAAGAAGUUUUGUGAGGACAAGGCGGAGAACCGAAGCUUCGCGCUGCGCCGUUCGACACCAAAUCUUCCUAUCGCCCUGCUCGAAGGCUACGCCCGGAACCUGCUGGCCAUGAUCAAGUACCGGGGCAAGCUGCACGUGGAGUUCCCGCUGGAGUACUCGGACGUGGUAGUGCAGCGGAAGUCGAGCAACUGGUUCACCAAUAUGCUCCGGCUCUAUCCGACCAAGAAGUACGAGGUCGUCGUGGUGGAGUGGCCCGUCAUCGGCACGGUCACGCUCGAGAACGGGGGCCAAGGAGACACCGACGACACAGCCGUAUCGGCGGCAUUGACAGCAGCUGCAGGCCUGAACGGUCCGUCAUCAUCGUCACCAACAUCUUCCAGACCGGCAAACCAACGCACAGCGACCGGGACGGGGACUGCAAACGCCGAACCCGCUUCGUCAGCGUCCUCAACUUCCUCGACCUCUUCCUCCAACCCCACCUCAAGCGGCCCCGGCCACGGCGGCGACCGGACAGGUCUCCCGCCGCUCAUCGCGCAGGAGUGGUGGCGCGAGUGGCAGUUCGCGAUCCGCAACGCGGCGCUGUCCGGGCGCAAGGGCUGGGUCACGCUGGAGGACUGGAUGGAGGCCAAGAUGGGCAUGCGGGAGAAGGAGAGGGCGAAGGAGUGGGGGGUCGACCACGAAUGA